UCGUCGACGUGUCAACUUCACAAUACGCGUUGCCGAGUUGAUCGCCAACUCGAUGGUAGUAGCGUUUAUUAUUUCUAUAAGAACUGUCUUCUAUUCUAUUAAGAACAACUUGCUUUACAAGUUGUAUCCAAAAUCUUUAUAAAAGUUUUUAUUAUUUAGCCUGAUAUAACACUGAAAUGCCAGCCGCACCAAGUUCGACGUCGGUGGGAUCAGGAGGUCGUUCGCCAAGCAAGGCGAGUGCUGCUCCUCGCUCCUCCAGUGGUGGCACUGUAAGGCAGCGUAAAACCACUACAACAACUACUGCGGCCAGAAAUCGUACUACGGGCGCUGGAUCAGGGGGAAUGUGGCGUUUUUACACUGAUGAUUCUCCUGGUGUCAAAGUAGGUCCAGUUCCUGUAUUGGUUAUGUCUCUGCUAUUCAUUGCCUCAGUAUUUAUGUUGCAUAUUUGGGGAAAAUACACGAGAGCAUAAAAAUAUUUUACAAUGAUUUUAUGUAAUAAGGUAUUAAUUAUAAUUCUAAAAUAAGAGAGUGCAAGGAUAUGAUAUAAAUGUGCUUUUAAUAUACAUGAAAGUGUCUAGUUUUAAAUUUGAAUAAUUUAUUUGUUUAUUUUGUUUACUGAAAUAAAUAUAAGUAGUUAAAGUA